CCGAUCGGCUCUCGGGUGUGAGGAGGAUCAACCGAAAAAAAGGGCACGCGCCUCCGUCCGCUGUACACGCGACCAGCGUCACCGCCGGAAUGUUGGAUUGCUCCGUUUCGAUUCCUCCCCAUUAGAAGAUGUUGCACCGGCGCUUUGCAGCCUUUGUAGCUCUCCAUCAGCACUCCUGCGGUGCGCGCGUCUCCGGCCGCGUGCAAUAGCGGCUCGACAGGACGGACGUGGCGAAGAAAAGUACGCGAGAAAAAAACAAGUGUCAAGUAGUCCGUUGGCGUCGGAGCGGAGGAGAAAGUUCAAGUUGAAGAAGGAGGAUUAUGCAGCGAGUGCCGCACUUACCUGGAGCAGCAACAACAAACGAAUAAGAAGAAGAAAAAAAAGGUGACUGACCUAACAAGCCCGCUAGGAGGCCCCUUCCUCUUCCCCCCUCCUCCACACAACCGCCUCCUCCUCAUUCUCCACUUCCUCACCAUAUCUCUUCUCCCAACGCCCCCGGACUCCACCAAGCCCACCCACGAACGGCAUGGAUUUGAAGGACCGAAGGCACCGCUCCCUGACGAGGGGCCGUGGCUCCAAAGACACCCAGUACAACACCUCCUCCUUGGACACGGACGAGUGCCGCGUGCCCACCCAAAAGUCCUACAGCUCCAGCGAGACGCUGAAGGCCUUUGACCACGAGCAGAGGCUGCACUACGGCGGCUGUGUGACAGACCUCGUUCACCAUGAGGCCGACGAGUACUCCAGGCAAGGCCUGCUGGAGUUCUCGCCCCUGCUCCUGCGAUACUUCAUCUCAGGGGGCAACUUCACAUUGGCCGAGCUGGGUGUAUGCGAGCCGCCUCCCCCGCCGCACCCCGCCGCCCCCUACUGUCCCGACCUGGGCCUCCUCCAGAGGGGUUACUCCCUCAGCGCCGGCUCUGACGUUGACUCGGACCCCGAGGGGCCGCUGUCCCCGGAGCGAGCCAUCCAGCUGUGGGCCGGACGAGGACGGGUAAAGUCCCGCCGAAGCUCAGGAGUGUCCAGUCGAGAGAACUCCGCCCUGACCCUCACCGACUCUGAGAACGACAACAAGUCUGACGACGAGUCAGGGGCCGCCAACCACCACAGUCAGUCCACGCUACGGCCUCCGCUGCCCCCUCCGCACAACCACCACACCUUGUCUCACCAGUCGGCCAACAGCCUGAACAGAAACACCCUGAGAGGGGGACGCAACCCCAUCCACGCCCCGGCCCCAGGCCCUGGAGACGGGCCCACCACCCCAGAGUCGGUCCAGCUGCAAGACAGCUGGGUUCUCAACAGUAACGUCCCGCUGGAGACCAGGCACUUCCUGUUCAAGACGUCGUCCGGGACCACUCCUCUCUUCAGUAGCUCCUCCCCCGGGUACCCCUUGACCUCGGGAACCGUGUAUUCUCCGCCCCCUCGCCUGCUACCCAGAAACACUUUCUCCCGCUCGGCCUUCAAGCUCAAGAAGCCGUCUAAGUACUGCAGCUGGAAAUGUGCGGCGGUGACAGCCAUCGCAGCCGCCGUCCUAUUGGCCGUCCUGCUGUCCUACUUCAUCGCGAUCAACCUGCUGGGUCUGACAUGGCAGCUGAAGCCAUCCGACGGCCCGGUGUUAAACAACGGACUGGGAGCCGGGUUGCCUGUCAACAGCGAUGUGGCCACGCUGCCCUCUGGAGGCAGAGGGCCGUGGGCGGGCCGGAACAGCAGCAUAGACACGGGCAACAUUGAGGUCGGCAGGCGGGUGACCCAAGAAAUCCCCCCAGGAGUCUUCUGGAGGUCCCUUCUCCACCUCGGACAGCCCCAGUUCCUCAAGUUCAACAUCUCGCUCGGCAAGGACGCGCUGUUUGGAGUGUACAUCCGCAAGGGCCUUCCUCCCUCCCACGCACAGUAUGACUACAUGGAGCGCCUGGACGGGAAGGAGAAGUGGAGCGUUGUCGAGUCUCCACGGGAGAGGAGGAGCAUCCAAACCGUGGUCCUCAACGAGGCGGUGUUUGUCCAGUACCUGGACGCCGGUGCCUGGCACCUUGCCUUCUACAACGACGGCCGGGAGAGAGAGGCCGUCUCCUUCAGCACAAACGUCAUGGGUGAGACGGAGUCAGCGCUGGAAGUUGUGACCGGAGAAGGGGAGGGGGCAGGACGGGAGGGUCAAAUUGAAUCAAGCACUAGCGAAUCAAGAGAAGGAAAGAGGAGGGAAACAAGGCGUCCAUUACCAUUACAACCUUUUCUUUUUUUUUGCACAAAAAGUACAAACAAAAAGGAUGUACUUUUGAGUCUGACACCAUGUGUGCGUGACACGGCGCUCUCUCGGUUCCCUUCAGAGGUGUGCUCAGUCGACUGUGGGACCCACGGAGUGUGUAUGGGCGGAGCCUGUCGCUGCGAGGACGGCUGGACCGGCUCAGGCUGCGAUCAGCGGGUGUGCAACCCGCUCUGCAUCAAACACGGCACCUGCAAGGACGGCAAGUGCCAGUGUCACCAGGGCUGGAACGGGGAGCACUGCACCAUCGACGGCUGUCCUAACUUGUGCAACGGGAACGGCCAGUGCACAAUGGGACAGCAGAGCUGGCAUUGUGAAUGCCAGACAGGCUGGAGGGGCUCCGGCUGCAGUGUUGCCAUGGAGACCUCAUGCGCCGACAACAAGGACAACGAAGGAGAUGGACUGACAGACUGCAUGGACCCAGACUGCUGCAUCCAGAGUCCCUGCCAGAACAGCCCGCUGUGCCGGGGCUCGCGGGACCCGCUCCUGGUCAUCCAGCAGAGUCCGACGUUCCAGCCCCGCGUGCGCUCCUUCUACGACCGCGUCAAGAUGCUGGUGGGACGGGACAGCACACACGUCCUCCCGGGGGAAAACCCGUUCAACUCGAGUUUGGCAUCUCUAAUCCGAGGUCAGGUGUUGACUACAGAUGGAACGCCUCUGGUGGGGGUGAACGUGUCAUUUGUCAACUACCCCCACUAUGGAUACACGCUGACACGGCAGGAUGGAAUGUUUGACCUGAUAGCUAACGGUGGUGCGUCACUGACUCUGCGGUUCGAGCGCGCCCCCUUCCUGAGCCAGGAGCGCACCGUGUGGCUGCCCUGGAGCCAGUUUUAUGCUAUGGACACUCUGGUGCUUAAGACAGAAGAGAACACGAUCCCGGGCUGCGACCUGAGCGGCUUCGUCAGGCCUGACCCUCUUGUGAUUGCAUCCCCUCUCUCCUCCUUCUUCAGCUCCAAGCCAGGGGAGAAACCCAUCAUACCGGAGACACAGGUGCUGCAUGAGCAGAUCGAGGUGCCCGGUUCAAGUCUAACGCUGUGCUACCUGAGCUCAAGGACGCAGGGUUACCGCUCGCUGCUCAAGGUUACCAUGACUCCAGCCGUGGUGUCCAUGGGCCUGCUGAAGGUUCACCUGAUGGUAGCAGUGGAGGGCCACCUCUUCCAGAAGUGGUUCCACGCCUCGCCCAACCUGGCUUACACCUACAUCUGGGAUAAGAGCGAUGCGUAUGGGCAGAGGGUCUACGGGCUUUCUGAAGCUGUUGUGUCAGUGGGCUACGAAUAUGAGUCCUGUGCCAGUCUCAUCCUCUGGGAGAAGAGGACAGCCACUCUGCAAGGCUACGAACUGGAUCCCACCAGUCUGGGCGGCUGGUCACUCGACAAGCAUCAUAUACUGAACACACGCAGCGGGAUCCUUCACAAGGGAAGUGGCGAGAACAUCUUUGUGACGAUGCAGCCCCCGGUAAUCACCAGCAUCAUGGGAAACGGGCGGAGGCGCAGCAUCUCCUGCCCCAGCUGUAACGGCUUAGCAGACGGCAACAAGCUGCUGGCGCCAGUCGCCUUGGCAAUGGGCAUCGACGGCAGCCUCUACGUCGGGGACCUCAACUUUGUGCGCAGGGUCUACCCGUCUAUGAACACAACCGGUAUCCUGGAAUUAAGGAACAAAGAUUUCAGACACAGUAACAACCCAACCCACAAGUACUUCCUGGCAGUGAAUCCAGUAUCCGGGGCUUUGUUCAUCUCCGACACCAACUCCCGAAGAAUCUACCGCGUUCACUCGCUAACGGGAGGCCGUCUGCUGUCGGACAAUGCAGAGGUGGUGGCUGGGACGGGGGAACAGUGCCUGCCCUUCGACGAGCGCUGCGGUGAUGGCGGCAAAGCUACCGAAGCCACUCUCAUGAGCCCUAAAGGCAUCGCGGUGGACAAAAACGGCCUGAUGUACUUUGUGGACGCCACCAUGAUCCGUAAGGUGGACCAGAACGGCAUCAUCUCCACUCUGCUAGGGGCCAACGACCUGACCGCCGUGCGGCCGCUAAGCUGCGACUCCAGCAUGGACGUCAGCCAGGUGCGUCUCGAGUGGCCAACGGACUUAGCGGUCAACCCCAUGGACAACUCGCUCUAUGUGCUGGAAAACAACGUCAUCCUACGCAUCACCGAGAACCACCAGGUGAGCAUCAUCGCGGGUCGGCCCAUGCAUUGUCAAGUGCCCGGCAUCGACUACAGCCUCAGCAAGCUGGCCAUACACGCGGCCCUGGAGAGCGCCACCGCCAUCGCCUUGUCCCAGACCGGCAUCCUCUACAUCGCCGAGACAGAUGAGAAAAAGAUCAACAGAGUCAGACAGGUGAGCACGAACGGAGAAAUCUCCCUCCUGGCUGGCGUCGCCUCUGACUGCGACUGCAAAAACGACGUCAACUGCAACUGCUUCUACGGCGACGAAGGCUACGCCCCCGACGGGGGCUUGAACUCCCCCGCUUCCCUGGCCGUGUCCCCGGACGGGACGCUCUUCAUCGCGGACCUCAACAACAUACGUAUCAGAGCCGUGCGGGCCAACCGGCCGGGCCCCGCCGUCUCCAGCGCGGGCUACGGGGGGGCCGCGCAGUAUGAGGUGGCGUCGCCGAGGGAACAGGAGCUGUACGUCUUCAACGGGGAGGGGCUUCACAUCCAGACCAUUAGCCUGGUGACCGGGGAGCCGCUCUACAACUUCACCUACGGCGCGGACGGGGAGCUGUCCACGCUGGUGGACAACUGCAACAACACGGUGAAGGUGAGACGGGACGCCCAGGGCCAGGGAGGAGGGGCCGGCCUGCUCAGGCUGGUGCUGCUGCCCGAGAACCAGGUGGUGACCCUGGGACUGGACCCCACCGGGGGGCUGCGGAGCGUGUCAUCCCUGGGACAGGAGGUGGCUCUGAUGGGCUACAGCGGCAACAAGGGCCUGCUGGCCACCAAAGCAGACGAGACCGGGUGGACCACGUUUUACCAGUACGACAGCGAGGGCCGCCUGACCAACGUCACGUACCCCACGGGCAUGGUGACCAGCCUCCACCGCGAGAUCGAGCGCUCCAUCAAUAUCGACAUCGAGAGCUCCAGCAGAGACGACGACGUCACCGUCAUCACCAACCUGUCCUCCGUGGAGGCCUCGUACACCGUGGUGCAAGACCAGGUGAGGAACAGCUAUCAGUUGUGCAACAAUGGGACCCUGAGAGUGAUGUACGCCAACGGGAUGGGCAUCAGCUUUCACACGGAGCCCCACAUCCUGGCGGGCUCGGUCAGCCCUACGAUCGGGCGCAGGAACAUCACCCUGCCCACCGACAACGGCCUCAACUCCAUCGAGUGGCGUCUGCGCAAGGAGCAGACCAAGGGCAAGGUCACCGUGUUAGGGAGGAAGCUCAGAGCCCACGGUCGCAAUCUUCUCUCCAUUGAUUUCGACCGCAACACGCGCACGGAGAAGAUCUACGACGACCACCGAAAGUUCACGCUGCGCAUCAUGUACGACGCCCAGGGCCGUCCGGCGAUGUGGCUGCCCAGCAGCAGCCUGGCGGUGGUCAACGUGUCGUACUCCACCACGGGACAGCUGGUCGGGCUGCAGAGGGGGAGCAUGAGCGAGAGGACCGAGUUCGACCCGCAGGGGCGCGUCCUGUCGCGCUCAUUCGUGGACGGGAAGGUGUGGAGCUACAGCUACCUCGACAAAUCCAUGGUGCUGCUUCUGCAGAGCCAGAGACAGUACAUCUUCGAGUUCGACGCCUCAGGUCGCGUCACGGCCGUCACCAUGCCCAGCGUGGCCCGACACACCAUGUUCACACACGUCUCCGUCGGCUACAUCCGCAACACCUACAACCCCCCGGAGAGCAACGCCUCCGUCAUCCACGACUUCAGCGAGGACGGCCGCCCUCAGGCCACGCACUACCUGGGCACCGGGCGCCGCGUCCUCUACAAGUACGGCAAGCUGGCCAAGCUGGCGGAGAUCGUGUACGACAGCACCGCCGUCACCUUUGGCUACGACGAGACAGCCGGCGUGCUGAAGAUGGUCAACCUGCAGAGCGGGGGCUUCUCGUGCACCAUCCGCUACCGCAAAAUGGGGCCGCUCAUCGACAAGCAGAUCUACCGCUUCAGCGAGGAAGGAAUGGUGAACGCGAGGUUCGACUACACCUACCACGACAACAGCUUCCGUAUCGCCAGCAUGAAGCCGGUCAUCAGUGAGACGCCGCUGCCCGUCGACCUUUACCGAUACGACGAGAUCUCCGGAAAGGUGGAGCACUUUGGAAAGUUUGGGGUCAUUUACUACGACAUUAAUCAGAUCAUCACCACCGCCGUCAUGACGCUGAGCAAGCACUUCGAUACCCACGGUCGCAUCAAGGAGGUCCAGUACGAGAUCUUCCGCUCGCUGAUGUACUGGAUGACGGUGCAGUACGACAGCAUGGGGCGGGUGGUGAAGAGAGAGCUGAAAAUCGGUCCCUACGCCAACACCACCCAGUACCGCUAUGAUUACGACGGAGACGGCCAGCUGAGUGGCGUCAAGGUGAACGACUGGUCCACCUGGCGCUACAGCUACGACCUGAACGGCAACCUCCACCUGCUCAACCCGGGGAACAGCGCCCGCAUCCUGCCGCUUCGCUACGACCUCAGGGACCGCAUCACGCGCCUCGGAGAUGUCCAGUACCGCCUGGACGAGGACGGCUACCUCAGCCAGCGCGGCGCCGACGUCUUCGACUACAACUCCAAAGGUCAGCUGCUGAGGGCCUACAACCGGGGCCCCGGCGGGUGGAGCGUGGUGUACCACUACGACGGGCUGGGCCGCCGGGUGUCCACGAGGAACAGCGUGGGGCAGCACCUUCAGUUCUUCUACGCCGACCUCAACCACCCGGCCCGGGUCACGCACAUCUUCAACCACUCCAGCUCUGAGAUUUCGUCGCUCUACUACGACCUGCAGGGGCAUCUGUUCGCCAUGGAGGUGAGCAGUGGAGAGGAGUACUACAUAGCCUCUGACAACACCGGCACACCGCUGGCUGUCUUCAGCAGCAACGGACAGAUGAUCAAGCAGGUGCACUACACGGCCUACGGAGAGGUGUACCUGGACUCCAACCCGGAGUUCCAGCUGGUGGUCGGCUUCCACGGAGGCCUCUACGACCCCCUGACUAAGCUGGUCCACUUCACCCAGCGGGACUACGACGUGUUGGCCGGACGCUGGACGUCGCCCGACUACAGCAUCUGGCCCAAGAUAGGGAAGGAUCCCUCUCCGUUCAAUCUGUACAUGUUCAAGAACAACAACCCCCUCAGUGACAUGCUGGAUGUCAAAAACUACGUCACAGACGUGAAGAGCUGGCUGGUGAUGUUUGGCUUCCAGCUCAGCAACAUAAUCCCCGGCUUCCCCCGACACUCGCUCUACUUUGUGGAGCCGCCGUACGAGCUGCAGGCCACGCAGCACUGCGAGAACGGACAGCUCAUCACCGGUGUGCAACAGGCGGCCGAGCGCCACAACCAGGCCUUCAUGGCCCUGGAGGGCCGGCGCCUUAACAAGGAGCACCGGAGACGCAAGGACAAGCCCGGCCACUGGUUCGGCACCAGCGUUCCCAUAAUAGGCCGAGGGGUGAUGCUGGCCCUGAAGGAGGGCCGCGUGGUGGCCGGCGUGUCGGCCCUGGCGAGCGACGACAGCCGCAAAGUGGCCCUGGUGCUCAACGGCGCCCAGUACCUGGAAGGCACCCACUACACCCAGGAGGGGAAGGACUGCCACUACUUUGUGAAGGUGGGCUCCGCCGACAGCGACCUGCUGGCCCUGGGGCUCACCAACGGGCGCAAGUCGCUGGAGAGCGGCAUCAACGUGACGGUGAGCGGCCGCUCCAGGAGGGGAGUGACCGCCGAGUUUGCGGUGCCGGCGCUGGUGCUGAGCGUCCGGUACGGGCUGGCGGCAGACGUGGUGGACGAGGAGAAGGUAAGACUGUUGGAGCUGGCCAGGCAGCGGGCCUUGGCCGGAGCCUGGGCCAAGGAGCAGCAGAGGGCCAGGGACGGGAAGGGGGGCAACCGCCUGUGGACGGAGGGGGAGAGGCAGCAGCUGCUGACGGCGGGCCGCGUACAAGGCUACGACGGGUACUACGUGCUGCCGGUGGAGCAGUACCCGGAGCUGGCCGACAGCAGCAACAACAUCCAGUUCCUCAGACAGAACGAGAUGGGCAGGAGGUAACAGCCCCCAUGCCACCGCUCUGAAGCCCCCCCCCACACUUUCUCUUCUCCACACCCUGCUCUUUUUCUCCGACCCGACUCCCCUCGAAAACCCGUAGAGAAUGAAAACCAACACACCUGGUUACUGACGCUGCAGGGACUUCAAGAAGAAUUACUAGAAAACUGAUUAUUGUUCAUUUCACUGCCGCAGGCAAGAAAAUGAAGUUUAGUCAAGCAGUUUUUUUCUCUUUUUUUUUUUUGGAAAAACUUUUUUUGAAAAGCACUGAAGAACUUUAAAAACUGUUGCUUAAUAAAUACGGAGAUUCCCCUUUUUAAAAGGGAUAGUGAUAUUUUCCGCCCAUAUUUCUUGGGUCACACUGAGAGCGGGCCGGUUUAGUGAGUCGCAGUCGCGCUGGCUUCUGCUGCGCAGGCUUCUGCUGCGCAGGCUUUCCCGUCUGAAGGCACAUGGACCAAACGGGGGAGGGGGGGCGGGGGGGCAACCACCAAACAUCAAAGGAGGGUAUUGUAAGCGGCAACACACAAGGCAAUGUCAAAGGUCGUCCCAUCCAAUGAGUCGUCUCCCUGUCUCAGGCCUCCCAUCGUCUACCAUGGACGAGUCCUCUGCUGCAGAGGCAGCGCACGUCCAACAAGGCGACACACAUCCACACACACACGAAACCUAACGGCAUCCUUGAAAAUGGACCUUUUUAAAAAAACAAAGUGAACAAAAAAAAGUGAUGGCUAUAUUUGUGGACAGUGGUAUCACACAGCAUUGUUUAUUUGGAAACGGCGUGAAGAAUCAUAUUCCUCCAUAUGUGUCCGACUUCACUAAAGUUCCGGAUGUUGCGUAUAUUGUGGAUGCCGUAGUUUUGUACGUUUCAGUCGCGGUAGAAUUGUGAGACUUUCACCAAGGCACUUCUGUACAGAACGAUGACACGCACUGCUCACACAGUCAUGAAAACAUGCUACGUUAGUUAUUUAUUUUAUUCUUUUUUUAUUUAUUUAUUCUUAGUACUAUAUGACAAUCAUGAAUGAGUCACCAGUUCUAUUCCAAAUGAACAUUAAUGGACAGGUUUAUUUUCUUUUGUAAAAUAUGUAACAAUUUUUGUUUUUGUAUUAAUUUCAGUUUGCUGCCAGGGCAAAUAAUAGUCAUUCUCAAAAAGAAUAAUUUAUGUAAUAAAGUCUUAAAAAAAACGGUUUAUACUUUAAAUAAAGUCUUUAAAACUGUGAAAUCUGUUUUUUCGAGCUAUAUUUCGAUGUACAGUGUAUAGAUUUACCUUUAUGCAGCACAGUAGAAUAUUGUCCAGAAUAUCGAGUUUUAUAUUUCUAAGAGGAAGUGGCUUGUAAUGUGCAAAAUCUUUAGCUGGUCUUACUGCUCUAGAGUUUUGUGGCACUCUAAUAUUCCAUAUCUACAAUAUCAAUCCCGUUUGUUGUUUUUGACUGUUUUUUGAUUUGGAAGCAGAGAUCAUUUUCUGUCCUAGAUCCCAACAGCGGUAGCAGUAUGAAGAGACUCGUGCUGGAUGUCAUAAUGUACCAAAUCAGUAUUAUAGGAUGAUUCUUAUACAUUCACUGAAACGAGACUCUUCUGAGAACCUUAUCAAUAAAACAUAAUUGUUUACUUCAA